UUAACAGAGAAAUUAAAUUUUGUUACUUAAUAUUUAUGUACUUAUAUAAGUAGCUGAUUAAUUUCAUUUCACAAAGGGAUAAAAAGCUGAAGCCAGAAAUUAAAAGUGAGGAAAAAAUGGAGAAAAUCAAACACAGUAACAUGAGCGUCAACGGCAUAAACAUGCACGUAGCUGAAAUAGGCGACGGCCCCGCCGUACUAUUCCUCCACGGCUUCCCGGAGCUAUGGUACACGUGGCGCCACCAGAUGCUCUACCUCUCCGCCAGAGGCUACCGCGCUAUCGCCCCCGACCUACGCGGCUACGGCGACACCGACGCGCCGCCCUCCCCCGCCGAUUACACCGCCUUCCACCUCGUCGGCGACCUGGUGGCACUGCUGGACGCUCUCGGCCUCGAGCAGGUUUUCCUGGUGGCCCACGACUGGGGCGCCAUUGUCGCGUGGUGGUUCUGCCUCUUCCGCCCUGAACGGAUUAAGGGUUUGGUGAAUAUGAGCGUUCAAUUUCACCCCAGGCACCCAGAAAUUAAACCUAUUGAAAUGUACAAAAAUCUCUUAGGUGAUGAUUUCUACAUGUGCAGAUUUCAGAAAGCAGGGGAGGCUGAGAAAGCAUUUGAAUCAGUUGAAGCAAGUCAAGUGAUAAAGUCGCUAUUCUCAUUCCGCGGUGGAAAACCGAUAAUCGUGCCUCGAGAAAUCGGGCUUGAAGCACUUUUCCAAGCUCCAGCUGAAUCGCCGCCAUGGCUGACGGAGGAAGAUCUCGAUUACUUCGCCGGAAAAUUCAAAAAAACAGGAUAUACCGGCGGACUCAACUACUAUCGAGCAAUGGACCUGACAUGGGAGCUGGCGGCGCCAUGGGUAGGAGCUCAGGUGAAGGUGCCGGUGAAGUUCAUAAUUGGUGAACAAGAUAUAACGUACUACGUUCCAGGGAUAAAAGAGUACAUACACGACGGGGGAUUCAAGAAAGAUGUGCCGAAUUUAGAACAAGUGGUAGUGAUGGAAGGUGUGGCUCAUUUUAUCAACCAAGAGAAGCCUGAAGAAGUUAGCCAACAUAUCUAUGAAUUCAUCACAAACUUCUGAUCCAUUUGUUAUAAAAUCACUUGUCUUCUUCCUCGUUUGUUUUCUACCUAUAAUAAUUGGACAAGCUUGUUUUUUCUUUUUAAUGUUUUCACUUUUCUAUCCCUCAUUUCUCUUUGUAAUGAAAUUAACCGGUUUUGGUUUU